AUGCCUCGUAUAACCAAUCCCCGAGGCCGUGAGACGGGCCUCUACAGGAACAUUCCAGGAGACCCCACACCUACCACACUCACCACCACCCGAAAGCGUCGGUACCAUCCUGGCACAUUGGCGAUAAGAGAAAUCCGUCUGUAUCAAAAGUCCACCGAUCUUUUGAUACGAAAGUUGCCAUUUGCCAGGUUGAUCAAGGAAAUCUCCACCAACUACAUCGGGGUGGAUUACGGGAUCAGAUGGCAGUCCAACGCCAUUCUUGCGUUGCAGGAGCUGUGUGAGGCGUUCUUGGUCCACUUGUUGGAGGAUACCAACUUGUGUGCUCUUCACGCCAAGAGGGUGACCAUCAUGAAGAGGGACAUUCAGCUAGCACGAAGGAUCAGGGGGCAGCUUUGA